CUCUUCCUCCGUACCGCCCGUCCCUCCGCGCCGCCUGACGCUGGAGUUAGCUAGGAACUAGAGGAGGGCUUAUCAGUCGUGACAGCCGGCUUGGUCGUUCUCCUAAACUUUCCCCGGUUGUCCCGGUUCCCGAUUUGUAGCCUGAAAGACGGUGGAGAGCGUUUCAUCUGUGUUUUCGAUGCAUGGGAGUGCCCUGGGAGCGGCGAAGGGAGAAGACAGUGCCGGUGGUCCUGACUGUUUAGCAGGAUGAGUGAGGCAGAGGGCCAGUUCUACAGCGUUCAGGUGGGAGACUCCACCUUCACUGUACUCAAGCGUUACCAACAGCUCCGUGCUAUCGGCUCCGGGGCUCAAGGCAUCGUCUGCUCUGCUCUAGAUACAGUCCUUGGAAUACCGGUGGCGGUGAAAAAACUCUGUCGGCCAUUUCAGAACCAGACCCAUGCAAAGCGUGCCUACAGGGAGCUGGUGCUACUCAAGUGUGUCAACCAUAAAAAUAUCAUCCGUCUGAUCAAUGUUUUCACGCCUCAGAAGUCCCUGGAGGAAUUCCAGGAUUUGUAUCUGGUGAUGGAGCUGAUGGAUGCCAGCCUAUGCCAGGUGAUCCACAUGGACCUGGACCAUGAGAGGAUGUCAUACUUGCUCUACCAGAUCCUUUGUGGCAUCAGGCACCUACACUCUGCUGGCAUCAUCCACAGGGAUCUAAAGCCUAGUAACAUUGUGGUGAAGUCAGAUUGCACAUUGAAGAUCUUGGACUUUGGCCUGGCUCGGACGGCCUGCACUAACUUCAUGAUGACCCCCUAUGUGGUGACCAGGUACUACCGCGCCCCAGAGGUCAUUCUCGGCAUGAAGUAUAAAGAGAAUGUGGACCUGUGGUCGGUUGGCUGCAUAAUGGCUGAAAUGAUCUCUCACAAAGUCCUCUUUCCUGGAAAGGACUACAUCGACCAGUGGAAUAAGGUCAUAGAGGUUCUCGGCACACCGAGUCUGGAGUUCAUGAACCGACUGAUGGAGACUGUGAGGAACUAUGUGAUGAAUAAGCCACAGUAUCCUGGAGUCAGCUUUGCUGAUCUUUUCCCAGACUGGGCAUUUCCUUCUGACUCAGAACACGAUAAGCUGAAGACAGGUCAAGCACGGGACUUGCUUUCCAAAAUGCUGGUCAUUGAUCCUGAAUGCCGCAUCUCCGUCGAAGAAGCCCUGAACCACCCCUACAUUCACGUGUGGUACGACCCUGCAGAGGCAGACGCGCCUCCUCCCCAAAUUUCAGAUAAGCAGCUAGAAGAGCGAGAGCACACCAUCGAGCAGUGGAAAGAACUUAUUUAUGAAGAGGUGAUUGACUGGGAGGAGAGGAACAAGAAUGGUUUAAUGAAAGAAGACUGCUCAGAUGUGGUCUCCGGCUCAGCCUCCCAGUCCUCCUCAGCCAAUGACAUCUCAUCCAUGUCCACAGAGCAUACGUUGGCCUCAGACACAGACAGCAGCAGCAUCGACACACUGACAGGACCACUGGACGAGAGUCAGUAAACACAAUCUAACACAACUUGUGUCUGUCUGUGGCCUCUCCAUUUACAGUAUCUGAAUUUCAAUAAACCCUCAUCUUCCUUUUUAUUUUGUAGCCCCAUCAUCCCCAAAAUUUUGAAUUUAUUUCCCCUUUUUUGGUCAUGUGUUUUUCUUAUUUCCUCUCUAACCUCAAUAUACAGGUCUAUUUUUCUAUUUUCUUUCCAUGUGGGUGGGCCUUGUUGAUCCUCUUCAUCUUCAGUUUUUGUUUUGGACUGCUGCCUAUAGGUCAGAGAUAUCCAUGCUCUCUGUUGUGUCUUUCUCCUUGGUGGAAGUUUAACUUGGUCAUGUAUAUGAAGUGUAUGCAUCCAUAUUAAUUUUCAAGUUAUUAUGAGUAGGAGGGGGGUUGUUGUUUUGUUCUGUAUGCCCAAAUUUUAAGUUUUAUUUUUUUUAUAGCAAAUCUAAAGUUGAGACCAGAGGUUAUCAUCAUCAAGUUAGAGCAGACACGCACUAAACAUAAACCACAGCUGCUAGCUGUUCUCAUGCAUGUUAUGCCUAAAAGAACAAAAGCUAACCAUAAAUUGAUCACAUUCAACUGUCUGGUGUUCAGCCGAUGAUCAAAUGUGGAUCUAAAGUUUGAUCAAAUCUUCAGCACGCUCAAAGUAUUGCAGAUCUCUACAGUGGUGCUUUCUGCACAGUGUUUUUUUUUUAAAUUAUUAUUCUUAUUAUUAAUUGGCUUGAGUGAUGUGGAUUUUAAGCUUUUACUCCUGACAGCUAGAGGAAGCUGUGGUUGCAGUGUUACAGUUUUAUUUCCUAUAAUGUACUGUAUGUAAAGAUGUCAUCGUGACUGUAGACCCUUUCAUUACAAAUAGAUAAGGUGUGCUUGUUUUGUUCAGAAAUUCAGCAUAUCUGUAGAGCUAUAUAUAUAUUGCAAUCAUCCCUAUUUGACUUAAGGUACUGACUAUCAAUGUGUAUAUCAAAAGAUGAUCAUAAUCCUGUAAAUCUGGAAGAGGCAAAAAGAUCCAUGUAGUAUUUAUUUUUGUGUUCUUGCAAAAUGUUGCACACAACCACAGUGAAGCCCAUGAAAACAAAGCAUCUUGUCAAAACAUUUCAUUGACAAGUAAAAGUAUGGGCUGCCCCUUUUCUAAACCAUUCCAUUAGGGCUGGAAAAGAUAUGAAAUUAAUCAUGAAAUCAGACAUGUAGAACACAUGUAAAGGCAGUAAAACACAAAAACGGUGUUUACCAUGCAUGAAGGCGUUGCACCUACAAGAUACAGUAGUUCUUGUUAUAAAGAGAAAUCUGUUCAGGUCUGUUCUUUUACUUGCAGUACCUUGAUGUUCUUGGUUCUGAAAGCGUGUUUGAGAAAUGUUGUAUUUUUUGCCUUGUAAGCCUAUAUGUGUGUAUGUGUUACCAAACUGUACUGUGCAGCAUACUUCCUUAUUAUCUCCUUUGAAUCAUCCUGAAAGACAUCAGUCAACCUGACUGUAAAGGAAAAGUCUUCGGAGAAAGUUUGCCUAGCAACAAAAAGCAGACGUGGUUUACGAUGUGAAUGAGACUUUGGAGACUCUGGAGUCCUGAGUCAGAAUCUGGACCUUGAAACUUUGAAGAUGAAUGUUGGAAAUGGACUGCGGUGCUGCUUUUUGCAUAACUGAUUGCACAGUGUGAUGGACAUCCAGAAAUAUGACACUACGAAGUCACUGAGGACUUAUGCACCACGUUGUACACAACCAUGACCUUAUUCUUUCAUUCAUGCCUUAAAUUACCCAAAAUGUGGCCAACUCUGUCUCUAAAAUCUUAGCAAAAAAGGACGCCAUUGUAUACACUGUACAUCUCACAGUUUGUUCCUGCUUUUACUUCCAGAGAUGUCGUAUGUGAUUGCAGUGACCACCAUAUUAUCACCUGGCCAGCAUCUUUUGCCCAUACUCAACUAAUAAAGUGGACAUCAGUGA